AUGGCGAAGAUGAAUCCAACUGUUACGACUAUACCACUGAGCCAUCCAACUCCGGCUGCAGUUCAAAUGAGUGGGCAUGCUACUACUACGGUCAAUGUAUUCAAGACUACCAAAGAUGCAACGGAUACUCGGACUGCUACUUUGGCGAAGAUGAAUACAACUGCACCGUUACAACAACUAGACUCGUUGUGUAUUUCAAACCAUUUCUUCCAUUCAUCAUGUUUUAUAGGAAACACCGUUGCUCCCACUGUAGACGUCAAUCCACCCUCCUCCGUGUUACGAUUAGUGAAUGGCAGCACCAUCUAUGAAGGCAGAGUAGAGGUGUUUGUCAACGGUUCCUGGGGAACGGCUUGCAGCCAUUCCUGGGACAUGAACGAGGCCCAAGUCAUCUGCAGACAGCUUGGAUAUGGACCAGCCAUUAAUGCCCCGGGCUACGCUACCUAUGGCCCGGGUGUUGGUCCUAUUCACCUUGUACAUGUGCACUGCAACGGUUCGGAAAGCUCAAUACUUGACUGCACAUCUUAUUACUCUGAACACUGCUCUCACAGUGAAGAUGCCGGUGUUGAAUGCUCAGCUCCAGUUCGUCUCGUGAAUGGAAGCUCUUCUAACGAGGGUCAAGUUGAGGUCUUCUACCAAGGCGAGUGGGGUACAGUCUGCGAUGAUGGAUGGGACCUUAAUAAUGCUGAUGUCGUCUGUCGCAUGCUUGGUUACCCUUCUGCAUCCAACGCUUGGAGCGGCGCUCACUUCGGUCAAGGAUCAGGUCCGAUCAUGCUAGACAAUGUUAACUGCCAAGGAUAUGAAUCUAGCAUAGCUGAAUGCAAUCAUGCUGGCUGGUUUAGCCAUAACUGUGGGCAUAAUGAGGACGCAGGAGUUACUUGUAACAGUGACUCUACCACUGAACCACCCUACUCCGGCUGCAGUUCAUAUGAGUGGCAAUGCUACUACAACGGUCAAUGUAUUCAAGACUACCAAAGAUGCAACGGUACUAUACCACUGAGCCAUCCAACUCCGGCUGCAGUUCAAAUGAGUGGGCAUGCUACUACUACGGUCAAUGUAUUCAAGACUACCAAAGAUGCAACGGAUACUCGGACUGCUACUUUGGCGAAGAUGAAUACAACUGCACCGACUACACUACCGAACCGUUCUGCUACGGCUGCAGUUCAUACGAGUUGCGAUGCUACUACAACGGCCAAUGCAUUCGAGGCUACCAAAGAUGCAACGGAUACUCAGACUGUUACCAUGGGGAAGAUGAAUUAA